GGGCUCCCAGGGUGGCACGCGGGAUGCGCGUUCCUGGCGCAGGCCGGGUUCAGUCGCGGCUCCCGAACGCUUCCGCUGAAGGACAGGCGGCAGAGCUCGAGCACCCGGCAGGACUGCGUAGGGCGGAAUCUCACAGAUUUCUGCUCACAAAUCUGAGACCUUUUCCCAAAAAGGCACCAAUAUCGACAACGACCUAGGGGAAGGCAAGGCUCGGGCCCUCGCCCGGCCCUGCCCACAGCCCCCGCGGGCUCCGUGAACCCGCGCCUGUGAGGGUGUCAUUGCUCCACAGAAAAAAAUGCAUGGUGGUGGGAGACAUGCGUCAGAGAGGACCCUAUACACAAAGCUCUUACAAAUCGAUGAUCUAAAGCGAACAAUCUAGUAGGAAAAGCAAAUGAAAACAGAAAUGGCGAUGCUAUCGAUGGGCAGUUUGCUUAAAGAUAAAUAACAUUCUGGUGAGGGUCAGAACAGUGAGAGCCUUUUCCAUUUCCCUAAGCAGCCCCAUAGCACUUGCGCCGGGGGAGCAGGAGGGGGCAAGAGAGCAGACAGAUCCGAGCACUGUUGUUGAAGCUAAUUUAGCCAAAUCUCCCUAAAAGAGUGUGCCUGAUACUUCAGUCCAGCGAGUCUUCCGCUGGAGAUUCGCUUGGGAACACCCCUACCUAAGUCCCCAGACCGGCCCGGGUAGGGACAGCUACUUUUCCUCUUUGUCUGUGGAACAGCCAGCAGGUGCAAAGGCCCAGAAGCUGGAAGGUUGCCAUGGGGAAGGAAGGAGGUGAGGAAGCCAGCCUUUGCCCUCUUCUCCCCCCACCUGCCUAAUGGAGGGAGUAUGCAAGCCGGGACAGUCAGAUCCCAAGAUAGGAAAUCCCACAGCCCCUAGGGCGUGCGUCCCACUUCCAUCCUGCUCCCCAGCCAGCGUCCAGAUCAAAGGCGGACAGUGUCCGGGAAGCCGCGGGGGAGCGCAGGAGGCGGGGCGGGCGGCGCCGAGAAACAGCGGCUGCGGGCAAGCGGCGGGAGCCAGGGACGCGAAGCCGGCCGCCACCGCCGAGCAGCCCUCCGGCCGCCCGACAUUCGCUCCUCCGUGCGUCCUCCGCGGAUCCGCGGCGGGCCGGCGGCCGAACCCAUGCAGCCGCGUAGCGAGCGCCCGGCUGGCAGGACACAAAGUCCGGAGCACAGCAGUCCGGGGCCCGCGCCCGAGGCGCCGCCGCCGCCACCGCCACCGCAGCUGCCAGCAUGAGAUGAGUGAGAGCCGUCAGACGCACGUGACCCUGCACGACAUUGACCCUCAGGCCUUGGACCAGCUGGUGCAGUUUGCGUACACGGCCGAGAUUGUGGUGGGUGAAGGCAACGUGCAGGUGAGGCUGCCUCACUCUCCUCAUCCCUGUACCUCCACCCUGCUGCAUCUCCUGUGCCACUCCCACCCCUUCAGUGCCUCACGUCCAGUUUCUCUGUCCUUGCUCCCCGGUCCUCUCUCCUGCUUUGUUGCACAGACUCUGCUCCCGGCUGCCAGUCUCCUGCAGCUGAAUGGCGUCCGUGACGCCUGCUGCAAGUUCCUGUUGAGUCAGCUCGACCCCUCCAAUUGUCUGGGCAUCCGGGGCUUCGCCGACACACACUCGUGCAGCGACCUGCUCAAGGCGGCACACAGGUACGUGCUGCAACACUUCGUGGACGUGGCCAAGACCGAGGAGUUCAUGCUGUUGCCGCUGAAGCAGGUGCUGGAACUGGUCUCUAGCGACAGCCUGAACGUGCCUUCAGAGGAGGACGUCUACCGUGCUGUCCUGAGCUGGGUCAAGCACGACGUGGAUGCCCGGAGGCAGCACGUCCCUCGGCUGAUGAAGUGUGUACGCCUGCCCCUGCUGAGCCGGGACUUCCUGCUGGGUCACGUGGAUGCCGAGAGUCUGGUGAGGCACCACCCGGACUGCAAGGACCUGCUCAUCGAGGCCCUCAAGUUCCACCUGCUGCCCGAGCAGAGGGGCGUCCUGGGCACCAGCCGCACCCGGCCCCGCCGCUGUGAGGGUGCUGGUCCUGUGCUCUUCGCUGUGGGUGGUGGAAGCCUGUUUGCCAUCCACGGAGACUGUGAAGCAUACGACACACGCACUGACCGCUGGCAUGUGGUGGCCUCCAUGUCCACGCGCCGGGCCCGGGUGGGUGUGGCAGCAGUUGGGAACCGGCUGUACGCCGUGGGCGGUUAUGAUGGGACUUCAGACCUGGCCACCGUAGAGUCCUACGACCCUGUGACCAACACCUGGCAGCCCGAGGUGUCCAUGGGCACGAGGCGCAGCUGCUUGGGUGUGGCUACCCUGCACGGGCUCCUGUAUGCAGCUGGUGGCUACGAUGGGGCCUCUUGCCUCAACAGUGCUGAGCGCUACGACCCCUUGACGGGAACAUGGACGUCCAUCGCCGCCAUGAGCACCCGGAGGCGAUACGUGCGCGUGGCCAUGCUCGAUGGAAAUCUGUAUGCGGUGGGCGGUUAUGACAGCUCGUCGCACCUGGCCACCGUGGAGAAGUAUGAGCCCCAGGUGCGAAAUGUCCCCAGCCACAUCCCCCUUCUGUGGAGCUGUGCGAGGUCACCACUCUCCUGGCCGCCCCCACCCAUCAUCUGUAUCCAUCCUGUCCCACAAACACCUGGCCACGGGGUAGAGGUCUGCACGCUAGGUGGGGGGCUGCUAGUGGUGGGUCUGCCCCCAGCCCUCCCUCUGAUGCAGGUUAACUCGUGGACGCCCGCGGCCUCCAUGCUGAGCCGGCGCAGCUCUGCGGGCGUGGCGGUGCUGGAGGGGGCCCUCUACGUGGCCGGCGGCAACGAUGGUACCAGCUGCCUCAACUCCGUGGAGAGAUACAGCCCCAAGGCAGGCGCCUGGGAGAGUGUGGCGCCCAUGAACAUCCGAAGGAGCACACACGACCUAGUGGCCAUGGAUGGAUGGCUGUUUGCCGUGGGGGGUAACGAUGGCAGUUCCAGCCUCAACUCCAUCGAGAAGUACAACCCAAGGACCAACAAGUGGGUGGCCGCGUCCUGUAUGUUCACGCGGCGCAGCAGCGUGGGCGUGGCGGUGCUGGAGCUGCUCAACUUCCCGCCACCCUCUUCGCCCACGCUGUCUGUGUCGUCCACCAGCCUCUGACCCGUGGCGCGGCUGCACAGAGGCCGACCUGUGGCCUCCCACGUGCCUUAAGCCCCCCAGGGCCCAGCGCCUCCCUCCGCCAUGCGUGGGGCGGGGCUCGGCCCCUACCAGGGGCAUCCGGCGCUGUCCAGUCUCCAUGUGUCCAGCCGGCCCGUUUCUGUGUUCCUUCCUCAGUGCUUGUGUGUGUGUGUGCCAUUUAUUCGUUUAUUUAUUGAUUGUCGGGGCUGCAACUACCAGUUUACACAUUUACUGUUGAAGUGUCCUGUCUCUGGGACCAGGCUGCCCUCCUCAGCAUCCUCCCACCAUGCUGGGGGACGAGGGGAUGGCCACUGGCAUUGCCCAUGGGGGAGGGACCAACGUGGACUCUGCAGACCUGAAGGGACUGACAGGUGAUGCCGAGAGUGGUUACUGGGGCUGGAGGGCGGGGGGGAAGGGGGGGCUUUCUGAACAGGUGCAGACCCCCGAGCCUGCGCUUUGCACACCACCCUUGCCUCACCUAGCCAGGCACGCUCUUGGGGAGAGCACAAAUUGGGCUUCCUUCCCUUGGCUGUGGUGUCUUUUCUGGAUCCUGCACUGAGCUGGGCACAGACCACUGCAGACCCCACACAGCAAUAUGAGCCACUUGAACAAUAAACGUGUUUCCUGGGCUCUGUGGGCCUGUG